CCAGACCUACCUGGCCGGCUCACCAUGCUCAGAUCACGCACACUCCAUCGAGUCAUCCCCUGCACGCUGCUGCUCCUCGUCUCCCUCUCCAGCUCAGGGGAGAGCCGGCCUCACUCCGAGGCCCACGAAGGCACACCUGACGUGGGCGGGACCGAGAGCCAGAACGUCCUGCUUUUGGAGGCGGUGAAGACGGGGAUCCUCAGCUCGUUGGGUAUGGACAGGGAGCCCAGGCCAACCCAAAAGGCCACGGUGCAGGAGUUGAAGAAGAUGCAUCAGCUCUACACAGACAAACUGAGAGUGAUGAGAGGAAAUUCCAGCCAAUCGAUGAGGGAAACCAGGCAGUCCACAGUUUCUACUGUCCUCUUUCCAGCCACAGUGGAGCAAGUGAAAGUGCUUUGGAAAGAAAAACACCCACAGUCAGAUCGACACAUGCAGUGGCACAGAGCUGUUUUCAAUAAAAACCAAAACAUUCAGACUGAACUGACACUCACUCGGGCAGAACUGAUGAUUUCCAGGCAGAUCGUAAAUAAACACACAUCAGCUCAGCCUGAGGUAAGACGAGACAUUAAAGUUAAAGUCAACGGGAGGAAGGCAAUGAACUCUCCUGCUUGGACACAGACAGACAUUCCUGUCCAUGGCAACGUGUCCAGCACUCAGGAUGUGAUGUUGGACAUCAGCCCUGAGGUGGCGAGGUGGAUGAGAAGUGAUGGCGGUCAGGCUCUGGUGGUGGAUAUAGGGAUGGUUGUGCUUGACAGAGAUGCCCUCGAGGCAAACCCAACCAUUUCUCUGGAAUUAGGCCUCGUGCAGCCAGAGCCGGCAGAGAGGAGACGUCGCUCCAACAAGGAGGACGACUGCGACGAACGGGGAUGGUGCUGCCGGAAGUCACUCGCCGUGUCCUUCAAGGACAUCGGCUGGACGGACUGGGUGGUGGCCCCGGCCGAAUACACAAUGCACUACUGUGACGGCACCUGCCCACACAACUACAAGCCAGCCAGCAUGCACACACAGGUGAAAUCUCGGCUGCACCAGAUUGCCAAAGGUGGGACACCUCACCCCUGCUGCGUGCCAGCCACCUACGAGCCCAUGGUCCUCAUGCACUAUGACAGCAAGGGAAAGUUAAAGCUGACACCUUUCGAUGACUUGAUUGUCAGUAAAUGUCACUGUGCCUGAAGAAAAAAAAAGUGACUUUUUCUUUUUUUUUCUUUUUUUUUUUACUGUAAACUCAAUCCUUUGGGAGAGCAUUUCCACUUGAAAAAUAUAUGUUACAUUGUGAACCUGACUGUUCUUAAAUGAACAUUUUAUCACAUAUUUUCAUUGGUUAACUAAAUUAAAAACGCCUUCUUUCAUUCAUCACUUCUUUUUUUUUGUUUAAGAUGAAGAAAGAUGUUACUGCUGCACAGAGCCACUGUUUUGUUUUGCAUUGUGAAUCAAAAAGUAGAUCUGUUCUUUCAUAUCUUUGCCUUUAAACAGGUAGUUAUUUAUUCUAAGUUAGUUAUUUAUGGUUCCUAUUUGUGUUUUGUUUUGUGUGCUUUGUUACAACUUAUUUUAGAGCUGUUUUCUAUUUAAUUUUACUGUUAUUAUUUAAAGUGCUGUUUUAUGAGAUAUUUUUGUUUGUCUUCUACAUUUCAAUAAUGAUAUGCCCAAAUAAAUGUUGUGAUUGACUCCCACUGAGCUGUCGCACUUGAA